AUGCUGUCUAGAUGGUCUGAUGUUCACUUGGUCAAACGAGAGGAGAAAAUGUGGAUCGUGCUUCAUCUGCUGCUCCUGCUCCAAAGUGGAGCAUGUACAGGUGCUUACAACUCCACUCAGACUGUUGGACCUGGACAAAAUGUCUCUCUGACAUGUUCCUACGAGGAUACUGGAUAUAAGAAGUAUUUAUUUUGGAUCCGAUUGGUUUCUGCAAACUUUCCUGAAGUUUUAGCUAAAACCACAUCUUACAGUUCAGGACCUGUUGAACGUGGAACAUCAAAUACUGGACAUCGCAUCACAGCCACAAAAGAACAAGGAACAUUUUUUCUGCAAAUUAGUCAAGUAGAGAAAAGUGAUACGGCGAUCUACUACUGUUUUUCUGUGGAAUUGUAUGUAGACUUAAAUCAACUCUUGUUUUUGAAAGGAACAUUCCUUCAGGUCACAGAACCAGAACCCUCCGUGUCUGUUGUCUCUGAAGUCCAACCAGGACCGCCUGUGAAGUUGCAGUGCUCAGUCCUCUCCCACUCUGGGAAUGACAUCUGUCAGGAUGGACACAAAGUGUCCUGGUUCAGAACUGGACCAGAAAAACGUCAACUCCUCUGA